GAUUUUUUUCUCUUAUUAUUUUUGAGGGUUUUUUUUUUUUUGUGUGUGUGUGGAGAAUUGUGUGCUCUAGAUUUUCUCCCCAUCAUCAUCCUCCUGUGGCUGUCAUUAUGCAAAGUUGUUAAAAAAAAAAUACCCUGCUGAUGUGAUUAAUGCUGGAACUCUCUAAAAAACACACAGACUGCAAAUUUUUGUUAAAAAGAUUUAAUUUAUAAAAAAAAGAAUAAAUUAAUCUAAAAGCAAUAUAAUAAAAGUUCAAGAGUAUUGUUUUCUUUUUGUUUCUCUAAAAAAAAAGAACAGAACCCACGAAAUGCGUGUGGUUGUGCUGUGACACGAUUUUCUUUCUGUUUUUUCCUGUGUGACAUCGUUGUCGUCGUCCGUUGUCGUUUUUUUUUUUCAUUUUUCGUCCUCUUGUCGUGGUCGUUUCACUCGUCGUCGAUUUUGGAGUUCCGUUGUGUUUCUUCCGAAGACCGCCAUCAUCGCCACCGCCCCCGCCUUCUUUAAAUUUUGAUUUGUUUUUAAUUUUUUAUUUUGUUGUCUGUGCGUGGGUACCCUAUUUUUUCUUUAAAACUUUAUUGAAAACUUUAAUUAAAUAAUUAUAAUAGAAUUGCUCAGUUAAGAUAAUAAUUAAUUAAAUAAAAAAAUAAAAAAACAAGCAGUAUUGCUUUAGAAAACAAUCCAUAAAAAAUCAUGAAUUCCGAACAUGGAUUUAAUCCGGCCUUUAAUAUGGCGACAAUCCGCCAAGCAUUUACAGAAGCCGUCGAACGGGUGAGAAUGCCAACACCCACACGGCUAAGAGAUCUCAUUCGACAAAUUCGCGCUGCUCGAACAGCUGCAGAAGAGAGGGCUGUGGUGAACAAGGAAUGCGCCUACAUUCGUAGUACAUUUCGAGAAGAAGACUCGGUCUGGAGAUGUCGAAACAUCGCCAAGUUAUUGUACAUCCAUAUGCUUGGGUAUCCAGCGCACUUUGGCCAAUUGGAAUGCCUUAAAUUGACUGCCAGCACACGAUUCACAGACAAAAGAAUUGGUUAUCUGGGAGCGAUGCUUUUACUAGACGAGAGACAGGAUGUGCAUUUGCUGAUAACAAAUUGUUUAAAAAAUGAUCUUAAUAGCUCAACACAAUUUGUUGUGGGAUUGGCAUUAUGUACCUUGGGUGCAAUAGCUUCACCAGAAAUGGCUCGAGAUUUGGCUAGUGAAGUUGAGAGACUAAUGAAAUCUCCAAACACAUAUAUAAGGAAGAAAGCGACUUUAUGUGCUUUUCGUGUUAUAAGACGGGUGCCCGAAUUAAUGGAGAUAUUCUUGCCAGCAACAAGGUCAUUGCUGAGUGAGAAAAAUCAUGGAAUACUAAUAACUGGCGUCACAUUAAUCACUGAAAUGUGCGAGAACAGUGCUGACACACUAAGCCACUUUAAAAAGGAUAGCGGAAAUCGAGAGAUUGUCCCCAACUUGGUGCGAAUAUUGAAAAAUCUUAUUCUUGGCGGUUAUUCACCCGAACACGAUGUCAGUGGAGUUAGUGAUCCAUUUUUACAAGUGAAAAUCUUGCGAUUAUUAAGAAUUCUUGGACACAAUGAUCCAGAUGCAUCAGAAGCGAUGAACGAUAUUUUGGCGCAAGUUGCCACCAACACGGAGACUAGUAAAAAUGUUGGAAAUACUAUUCUCUAUGAAACUGUUCUCUCAAUCAUGGAUAUUCGUUCUGAAGGAGGACUUCGAGUAUUGGCUGUCAAUAUUUUGGGACGUUUUCUCUUAAAUUCCGAUAAAAAUAUUCGCUAUGUUGCAUUGAACACUUUGCUGCGUACCGUACACGCAGACACUUCGGCUGUGCAAAGACAUCGCACAACAAUACUUGAAUGUCUCAAGGAUCCCGAUGUCUCGAUUCGUCGUCGCGCCAUGGAACUAUCAUUUGCUCUAAUCAAUGGUCAGAAUAUUAGAACAAUGACCAAGGAACUGUUGUUGUUCCUUGAGAAGGCCGAUCCCGAAUUCAAAGCGCAAUGCAGUUCGGGUAUGAUAUUAUCGGCUGAACGAUAUUCACCAACAACUCGAUGGCAUUUGGAUACACAAUUAAGUGUUUUGAUUGCGGCUGGUAACUAUGUACGAGAUGAUGUGGUCUCAUCAACAAUCCAGUUAGUAUCAAGUAGUCCAGUUUCGGAGCAAACUUACAUAACUAAUCGCUUCUGGGAAUCACUUCAAGUGAGCAAUCAUUGUGAGGACAAGCAGCCGCUAUUGCAAGUGGCGGUAUGGGCUAUUGGAGAAUAUGGUGACCUGUUCAUGUAUGGAGCUUCUGAAGAUGAAAUAGAACGCCCAACAGAAGCAGAUAUUAUUGCAUUGUAUCACAAGUUCUUGACCUCAGCUCAAGUAUCGACUACUAGCAAGCAAUAUGCAUUAGUGGCGCUAGCGAAACUCAGCACCAGAUUACAUCACUGUCAAGAUGAAAUCCAAAGUCUAAUCCAGUCAUUUGGUAGCCACUUGAAUGUAGAUCUUCAACAGAGAGGUGUUGAAUUCACUCAAUUAUUCGGAUCCCACAAUCAUCUACGUCCGGCGUUGCUCGAAAAGAUGCCACCAAUGCAAAUAAGUCGAAUUGCAACACAAAAUGGUGGCACAUAUGACGAAAAUAAUCCCGAUUUAAUCGAAAAUGGCCUCGAGGAAGCAGAAAGUAAUACAGUUUCAAUGCCUGCCUUAGGUGAUCAAUCGAACAUCCUUUUGGAUCUCUUGGGUGGAAGUGAUUUAGGAACAGAUUUAUCGAAUGCAUCAACAGUGCAAAAGAAGAAUUCAAAGAAUGCAAAUGUAGUAGGAACAUUGGCAACUACAGAAACAUCCAACAAUCAAGAUCUAUUGGAUUUACUUGGUGGUUUGGAUAUGUCAGCACCAACGACAAUAGCAGCUCCUGUGCAAAAUAUAAAUAUUAUGGGAUUGGUUGAUGGUGGUGGAAGUGUUGUUGGUGGUGGUAAUAUGAUUACAUCACCAUCGACUAAUGGCAACGAUAUAUCUACCCUUGGAGGAGGUGGACUUAAUUUGAAUGCUCCAUCGAUUAUAGAAUCUAAUGUUUUGUCAAAUUCAUUAUUAAAUGAUUUGACAGCGACAACGACAAGUGUAACGCCUCAAGGACCUAAACUAACGGCUUUAGAUAAAAAUGGUAUUUUAGUUCAACUAGUUCCAGUUAAAGGAAGUGAUUGUAUGCAGAUAUUUAUGACAACAACAAAUAGUUCGUUGAGUACAAUCGAACAAUAUUUGUUUCAGGCUGCAGUUCCUAGGAGCUUUACUCUGCAAAUGUUAUCACCAUCGGGUUCUUUACUAGCACCUGGUGGUGUUAUAACCCAAGAAAUGAGAGUCGUUAGUACGUCCAAGGCCAUCCUCCGAAUGAGGUUACGCAUAUCAUAUGUAUUAGAUGGUCAACCGGUACUCGAACAAACGGAAGUGACUGGAUUUCCCGAUAAUUCCCCCGAAUAAAAAUCAAAAUAAUUAAAUUUAUAUAAAAAUAAACAAAAACAAUUCAAAAAAAUAAACAACACCAUCAAUUUUGUAAAAUACAAACAGACAACAUAAACAAUUAAGUAAACCAACCAAUUAUAAAAAACAAAAGCAAAAUAUUUGAAUGUAAAAUUUAUUAUUUGUAUUAUCCUAUAUUAUUAUGAAAUGAAAAAAAAAAAUUGUUAACUGAAUUGUAAGGAUGGAAAGUGUUGGUUAAGCUGCUAAUUAAAAAAAAUAAAUAUUCUUUGUUUCCCAUUUUUUUUUUUCUAAAUAUAUUGAUUAAUAAAAUCAGUUUUUUUUUUUAAAUGAAAAUUACUAUUUAAACAAAUAAUUAUUUAUUUUAACAUUUGUCUUUAGUAUUUUCAAAUUUUAUUUUGUUUUUCUCUAAGAAUUUUACACAGAAACAAAUAAAAAGACACACAAUCAUUGUGGCAACUUUAAUUUUAAAAAAGUGGAAUCAGUCUCGAUUGAUUGCCACGAAAAUUUAUUAUUUAUUUAUUUCAAAAUUGUUUUAGAAAAAUAUAUAAAUUAUGUAUAAAUGCUUUUUGAAUGGAAUUCAAACAAAAAAAAAUAUAUAAAACCUAAAAAUAAAAAAAAAAAAAAACAAUUCAAAUGGCUUCAAAUAAAGUUUUAUACUUAACACCGUCCCGUUUCCUGUUGGUAUUUUAUUAAAUCCUAAAAAGUUAUUAUUUUCAACAA